AUGUCUCGAACCCCGCUACCGCAAUGGAUGUAUCCCGCAUCCAGUGGUCAACCGUCGGAUGCAAGAUCCUACGCCGCUGGUGACGAUCACCAGAUGUUGACGAUGCCAAAUCGAUUCCACACUCUGGAAGAUCCCCCACGCUUCCUCUAUCCUGACAAUCAGGGCUACGCUCCGACUUAUAUGCAUCCCGCAUCAAACUCCAGGGCUCCUUAUCACGGCAGAACUUGGGACAGCCUCGCAGACCCCAAAUUUAACCCUUCGCCACUACCGGUUGCCAAUCAUAGUGUCUUUCCUCAGUAUGGGGCCCAAAGGUCAAAUGCCAUGAGAGGCGCGGAGUAUGCCUCCGCUUCAACCUCUGUCUCUAGCCCUUAUCAGGAUUCCCCCAGUUACAGUCGCGGUUCUAUUGGUUCUAUUUCCGGGACGCGGACAAAUGAUGUGGAGUCUCAGUACAGUAGCAGCUCAGCGACCUUUCCAAGCCCCGUUCACUCUGAGGAGAGCUCAGCAAUGUAUCCUGCGCUCGCACCACCCAUAAAAUCCCAGGCACAACAGCAUCAGCGACACACCACGUCCAGCAUGCCUUCUGGGUUUGAAAGGUUACUUCACCAUUCUCCAACUCCAUCACCUCCGCCACGAAGAACCUCCACGACAUCACGCUAUCACCUCUUCAUUCGACAACAGCCCCUCGCAGCCCGGGCUUGUGGUGCCGGAGACCGAGACCGCCGCCCUGUAGAUCCGCCUCCAAUUCUGCAGCUGCUAUUAACGGACUUUGACCCCAGCACAUCAGAUGAUAUCGAUAUCCUCCAAGAUCCGCGCUUUACCGUUGGCUGCUUCCUGGUUCCCGAAACGCGAGGAUCGAUUUCGUCCGACAUGGAUGGUGAUAGUGCCCUUCGAGAGGAUCGUCUCGGAACUGCUCCCGGCCAAUCUACACCAUUGCUUUCGGGCAAAGCAUUUGUCUCCCCUUUCUUUGUCGAUGAAGAUCCCGAUCCAACAACUGCCCCAAAUCAUCCAUCAACAUUUGAUUAUCACCUACCGGAACGAAGAGUUCAACUUGCUCCAUUAACCUCCAAGGGAGCCCAACAGCCCGCAGCAUUCUUCAUAUUCUCCGAUCUCUCCGUACGUACAGCUGGACUGUACCGCUUACAGUUCCGGCUUAUGAAUUGGGGCCUCGUUGAGGACACGGGUCAAUCGAUGCCCGUCCUUGCUGAAGUAUGGUCCGAUCCGUUUCGCGUGUACCCUGCCAAAGACUUCCCCGGGAUGCGAGACUCAUCACGUCUCACAGAGGGUCUUAAGGAAUUAGGAUUUGUUGAACUCAAGACCAGGGGAAAGGGGAAAGGCAAGGGUCGACGGAGGUGA